GUUGCAGCUUUAAAUUGUGGGACUGACUGUGUCCGUCAGCUACGAGUAUCUCCAUCCAAAAAAGUUAGAGGCAACCAGGACAACAGGUAAAAGUUACAGUGUCAGGUCAGUGCGAAAGUACUUAUUUGUACAGUUGUUUCACAUGAGAGAGUUCAGAAAGUGGAUGAAGAAGACUGCAACAGAGCCAGAAACAACUGAAUCAGAGCAAGGGUAAGACUAGGGGUACGUGAAGGGAAAGGGUUGGGAGGUGCCGUGGAAGUGCGAGGUGGGAGUGGUAAUGAGAGAAGGAGGGAUUGGAAGUGAGGGAAAAUGAGACAGAAGGAGAAGGAGAGGGAGAUGUCUUUGUGUUAAUGGUAGCUGCCGUCCUCUUUUGUAAGCGGCUCCUCAUUGGCCGACCAGAAGCCCCCCUGUGUGAAGGAAAUAUCACCAGGGAAACUUCGUCUUGCUGCCUCUGUGCGUGUUUUCCUCUCUGCCAGGGUUAUUUUUAAAAAGCAUUCGGCUUCCUGCUUGGACUAAAGACUACAAGCCACAGCAUCCCUGUUUUGUUGUUCUGAGGAUUUUCCAGUUCACGAAUCAAGAAAAGCCGCAGCAAUGUUCUCUUCCUCUCCUCUCCCACAGUUACACUGCAAGGUCUUUGCAAAAAUGGGGGACGACCGACCUUUUGUGUGCAGUGCUCCCGGCUGUGGACAGAGGUUUACCAAUGAGGACCAUUUGGCUGUACACAAACACAAACAUGAGAUGACACUGAAAUUUGGACCACCAAGGACUGAUUCUGUCAUUAUUGCAGACACGACACCUACUCCCACCCGCUUCCUAAAGAACUGUGAGGAGGUUGGUCUGUUCAAUGAGCUGGCCAGCUCAUUCGACCAAGAUGACGAUGAAAAGAGGGCAAAGAACUCGCACCCUGCUGCCAAUUCUGCAGCUUUGGACAUGAGCCUGCAGACGGCAUCAGAAGUAAAGGUGAAAAAGGAGGCACCCGUGGAGGUCGACUCCUCGCCACCAGACAGUCCCGAAUCUAUAUCUGGAGGAUCAGACAGUAGCAUAGAGUCUCUGGUUAAAGAAAAGGAUACUCCUACCAGAAGUUCAGCCCCCACCCCGACUAUCGUGCGUCCAGGUUCCCUCCCAUUACACUUGGGCUUUGAUGGCCUCCACCCUACUAUGCCAUCACCAACUUCUGUCAUCACACAGGCACCACCCUCCAGUCGUACUCUGGGUUCUCCAACCAGCCACUACCCCAUGAUGAUGCUUCCCUCUGGCCAGGCAGUGCCUUUGCUCCCUGGCCCUGUACAGAUUCCCUCUGUCAUUAAUCUGGCCCGACCCUUGUGCAUGGUACCCAACAUUCCUGGGAUCCCUGGUCCUCCUCUGGGAGGCAGCAGCAGCGGCUCUAACUCCCCCUCUGGCUACAGCAUCCACUCAGAAGCCAAGAUGCGCCUGAAGGCUGCGCUGUCACAGCAGAGCCCGUCAGGACAUAGUAUGGGGAUCAUGGCCAUGGGCAGCAGCCCUAUGGUGCCUCAGAGGGCAGAGCAGAGCCAGCUGCUUGUCCAACAUCCAGAUGCUCCAUCACCUGCUCAACCUCAGGUAUCUCCAGCACAGCCUACAGGUGGGCGUCGGCGGCGGACAGCAGACGAUGACCCAGAUGAGCGAAGGCAGCGCUUCCUCGAGAGGAACCGGGCUGCGGCGUCACGCUGCAGACAAAAACGCAAACUAUGGGUCAGUUCCUUGGAGAAGAAGGCCGAGGAGCUCAGCUCCCUGAACGUCUCGCUGUCGAAUGAAGUGUCUCUCUUGCGGAACGAGGUGGCUCAUUUGAAGCAGUUGCUGCUGGCCCACAAGGACUGUCCUGUUACCAACCUACAGAAGAAGACUGCCUACUUAGCUGUAGAAGAGAGCAUGAGAGACACCUCAGAGCCCACAGGUUCCCCUGCGCCUGUGAUCCAGCACAGCUCCUUGGCACUCAGCCCCCAAAACGGCCUGAGCUCAAGGGCAGCAGCUGAGGCCAUGGCCAUGUCUGUGCUGGCAGGAAUGGGCCAGCAGCAGAGGGCUGAGAGUGGACCCUCUCAUAUUAUCAUGGCUGCACAGUCUCAAUCUGCUGCCAGAUGAUGAGCGAUGUCAUCAUGGCCAAGACUUGGCUCACCCCAGAGGGGCAGAAUAAGAGCAGUGGAUACCCCCAUACUCCUCCCAACUCCCCCAAUCUAGAAGUCCAAAUAUUUCGUCUUUCGCUUCCCCUCGUUAUCCUCUGCUCUCUCUGACCCUCCUCUGUAGCCAUCAUGCUGUGGCCUGGAGCUCAGCAGCAGCCUUCUGGGAAUGGACUGAGACUUUGGAGAGAGCUUCCUGUUCACUUUGCCACAGACUACAGGGGCUGGAAUCCCCCCCUACAUACCCUCCCCACCCCACCCCAGAGUGCCCUCUCUGCCUUCCCGCUCAUCUCUCCUUACCCUCAGUCAAAUGACUUUCCACUGGACUGCAUCGCUCUCAGUGUACCGACGUAAUGAACUCCACAUGUCGACACGUACUGCACAUGUGCAUAGUUUGAAACUCACAGGUGUCUCAUAAACCUUCGUGAUCAAAUCAGAAACCAAACAAUACACACAGGACUUUACACUGUUUUCAGCGGGCAGUAGUGCCUUUUUUAGCCAUGCACACAGCCACACACGCCAUCACAGCAUACGUCCCUUCCUGUACAUCCACUUCUCCAAAGAUGCAGUAGUAUCUUCAAUAGUCAUACGACCGUUUUGUAAACAGUUCCACCUCAAGGUGAUCUCGACCCAGAAUCUUACCUCAUUUACUCUCAUCCCCCCCCCCACCAUGAUGAAAUGUAUGAAUUGUGUGUGUGGUUGGCUCUGUGUGUAUAUAUUCAUGUACAUCAGAACAUAGCAGUUUGUCUACUCCUGAUCUAAUACAGUACAUAAAUAUUUAGAUUGUUAGCAUGUGACUUUUUCUAUUAGGGUGUUCUUAAUACAGUAUGUGCAGCUACAUUUUUAAAACUAAUUGGCACAUCCUCCCAGACUAGUCUACAGAACCAAAAUGCAUUGGCUUCCUCCAAAACAGUGUAGUAUCCUAAAUUAUUUUUUUUCUCACCUGAAGGGAAUUUUCCUCACCUUUUCACAUUCUUCCAAAGAAAACGUUUAAGCAGUUGAUUGGUCUAUGAGUGGAUGACUUCUCCAUUUUUUUUCUGAAAGUAUUUCAGUGACUGUUUUUCUCUUGUGUGGGCCCUGGACUUACUGUAACUGUUACUUUCUCACUUCUCAGGAUGGUUGCACAUCCUUGCUGCUCACUGGAAGUGCGACGAAACCCCUUAUUCUCUUUGCUCUUCACCAAACCUAAUCAAAGCCAUAACAAAUCAGAUCUCUGAAUCUCCAAUGGCCACUCGGUGCUUGUUCUGGGACAGGAAGUACAUGGCCGGACUGUUAUUUUGUUAUUCAGAGGUCACAGUGACACAAUAUACAGUAUAUUGCUUGUUAUUUGCACUUAAACACAGUCAUAAUUUCUGGUAAUUUUGCCUUAAGAUCACAUUGGUGCCUCUGAUACUCCCCACUUAAAAACAAGCAGAUUUACUGGUGUAAAAUCAGUGGAGCCUUAGCAAAAUAUAUAUAUUUGUUCAUACCAUGAAACGAAAAACAAUCAAUGAGGGAAAAAAAGAUAUUUAAUAACUUGCUUAGAAUUGAUUUAAUCAUGAGUGUCUUUUAAGUGACAUAAAAUGAUAUGUCUGUCAUCUGGUGGAGGGACACAUCAAGACGUCAGACACUUGGAGGAAAAAAAAAAUGCCUCAUGACUGUUUCUGAAGUGGCUCUGGUCUCAAGUUCUCUAGAAAUCCCACCGCGAUGUUUUAUCCAGAUAUCAAUAUAUUUUUUCAUAAACAAGCUAUACAAGUGGUAUUCUUUUCUUCUUGUUUUUGUUUCCUGUAUAUUUUUGUCUGAUGUGAUCAUAUAUUUGUAAGAUGUGAUAUUUCAAAGACAAAAUAUCUGUCCAUUAACACGAGGGCAUGUCUUUAUGCACUAAAAUAAUACAAAAUUAUUGUUGCUUUGUAUUUCUGUCCAUUUAUGUUUUUGCGGUUCUCUGAUCUUAGAUUUUUUUAAUGAUUUUUUUUCCUCUCUCUCUCUCUCUUUUCUGUACUGUAUACAUGAAUGGGAAUUUGCUCAGCAGCUUAAAUACUUUUUACCUUUGACUGAACUUUUUGUCCUAAAGACGAGCCUGGCAUUUUGUUGUACUCUGAAGCUGGCGCUAUAUUUGGCUGGCGGUCCCUUCUAGACGAAUGUUCAUAUGAAAUGAAAAUUCAAACUGUAUUUAGUUUUCAUGUGUUCAUGUAAUUCAUGUCAUUGGCACCUUUUUGUCACUUCUCGUUUUCUUCUGUCGCGUGCUGUUUUCGGCACGAUACAACUAUUGUCAUAAUGCUUCUGACUGUACUGAUGAAUAUAGAAACAAACUUUAACACAGACUUUGUUUUCGCUACAGAUAAAUGUCAUUUUUUUAAUCCCCUUUGUAAUAUCUUUGAAGAUAAAUUUGGUCUUUUUUUUUGACGGUCCUUGUCUAACUUAUUCUUCAGAAUUGGUUUAUAACUGUCGUCAUCACAGUUUGUGGCAUAGUAAUGUUACCUAGAAUUGUUAUAAAAAAAAGAGCAGUUUAAUGGAAUAUGCAACAAUUUGAAAGUUGCACUUAGUGUUGUGGUUUUUCACACUCCUACUCCUACUGUACAUAUCUGUACUAAAUGAAUAUAUUUACUUUUCCAUGCAUGUCCAAGUGGAAUACUAUGAACACUUACAUACAGUGCUGCAGUUUUAAUUAAAGAAACUACAUCUUAAUGAA